AAUCCAAAGCACUUGGUUCAAUUCAUUUGGCUAAAGCUAAUAGGUGUCGGCUCUUCUCAAGAAACUUUAAUUCAACGAUAUGGCAUUCAAAUCACAACCCAAAGGAUUCGCCACAAAAGCAAUCCACGCUGGACAGUCUGCCGAUCAAUGGACUAGCAUGUGUGUUAUCCCACCUAUUGUGACAAGUACAACAUACAAGCAAGAUGGUCCAGCAGAGCACAGGGGAUUUGAAUAUUCUCGCAGUGGAAAUCCAACCAGAAAUGUUCUUGAGAAAUGCCUUGCUUCCUUAGACAAUGCCAAGCAUGGUUUGACCUUUUCAUCUGGUCUUGGAGCAAACACAGCCAUUUUGACAAUGUUAUCAAGUGGUGAUCAUAUUGUCAUAAGUGACGAUGUCUAUGGAGGCACUAAUCGUCUGUUCCGACAAGUUGGAGCACGGUUAGGACUCGAGCCAACUUUUGUUGAUCCAACUGAUAUGAAAGCUUUAUCCGAGUCGAUCAGAAGCAACACCAAACUUGUAUGGAUUGAAACUCCAACUAAUCCUCUCAUCAAAGUAGUUGAUAUUGAAGCUGUUUCAAAAUUGGUUCAUGAACGAAGCAAAGACAUUAUUGUUGCAGUCGACAACACUUUCUUGACUUCGUAUUUCCAAAGGCCUUUAGAGUUGGGAGCUGAUAUGGUUGUUUAUUCUCUUACUAAGUACAUGAAUGGACAUGGUGAUGUUGUUAUGGGUGCAGUGACAUUGAACGAUGACGAUUUGCACAAACGUCUUCGUUUCUUGCAAAAUGCAACGGGAAUAGUUCCUGCACCAUUCGAUUGUUACCAAGUGAAUCGUAGUUUAAAGACACUAUCUCUUCGAAUGGAACAGCACCAGAAGAAUGCACUUGAAGUUGCUAAGUUCCUCGAAUCACAUCCACUUGUCGAUAGAGUUUUGCAUCCAGCACUUCCUUCCCAUCCACAACAUAAACUUGCAUUGAGACAGACCUAUGGUUAUAGUGGAGUGUUUUCGUUCUAUCUGAAAGGAGGUUUAGAAGAAUCAAGGAAAUUCUUGAAGAGUUUGAAAACUUUCACUUUGGCUGAAAGUCUUGGAGGUUAUGAAAGUUUAGCUGAAUUGCCAUCUGUGAUGACACAUGCUUCUGUUCCUGCUGAACAAAGGGAAAAGUUAGGAAUAAGCGAUUCCUUGAUAAGAAUAUCAGUUGGUUUGGAAGAUUCAGAUGACUUGAUUGCAGACUUGGGGCAAGCCUUGAAAGCUACUUCAAACUAAUAAUAAUUAUUUGUACUAAAAAUUGCCAAACUUGCAGUUAAAAAAGUUAUUUUUUGUACAUUUUAAUAAAGCCUUGUUAAAAAUAAAAAAA